GGGUUUAUUGGUUACGUUAGACCGGAAUUAGUACAGUAACACAUGAGGAUAACGUUUCUUUUCUCAGGACUAAAUAAACAUGUAAAAAGACAUUCUAGACAUGUCUCAUCUUUAAUUUAAGCUUUGAGGAGAAAUGAAAGACCGCCCUUAAAAAUGGAGACUGCUGCCCUGGUAGUUCCUAUCACAGCUUUGGAGCUUUUUAAAGACCGCUUUCUGCUGUCGGGCGAAGGACCAGUCUUGUCCGUGUACGGUCUCCAGCCUCGCCCUGAUGUCGGCGCCUCACUGAGCGUCCUCCAACAUUACAGAAUCCAUGGGAUCAGACCGAGGAGUCGGGACGCGGUGCCAACCCGGAGCUCUACUGUCACAAUCCACGGACAGCGGGAAAAUGAGAAAAACUCCACCUCUGAGCGCAGCUUCUAUGACUUCGCUGUGUUUGGAGGAAAGGCUGUGAGGCUGGUCGGGCUCGGUUUAGAUCCCCGGGAUGUAGAGACUCCUCACCUGGAGGUCCUGGGGCCCCUCAUGGAGCUGCAGGACUGGGUCCUGGAUGUCCGCUGGCUCUCCGCAGACAAGCGGGCCCUGCUCUGUGUGGCCGUCGCCCACAACGCUGCUCUCCUCCUGGACUCUGCCGCAGGAAGCGCGCUGGUCCAGUGCUCCUGUCUGGAGGGCUGUCUGCUGUAUUCUGCCCUUCUUCUGGUGGAUGAAUGCUGGGCCAAUACCGUCUUGGUCGGGGGGACUGUUUUCAACCAGCUGGUCAUCUGGAAGCCCGGGCGAGGCGACCAAACGAUAAAUCCUGGUCACAAGGCUCCGGUUGAGCGCCGUCUGUCGGGCCACAGCGGGGUCAUCUUCAGCAUCUCUUACCUCCAGGAGGAAGGGUACCUAGCUUCAGCUUCAGACGACCGCAGCGUUCGGGUUUGGGCCGUCGGGGCCCUAGGCGGCCCCGGAGGGAGAUGUGGAGACCCGAGCCCGACGUGUUUAAGAGUCCUGUACGGCCACCAGGCCAGGGUGUUCUCGGUCCGCCUCUCGGCGGGAUACGUGUUCAGCGCCGGGGAGGACGGCGCGUGUUUAGUCUGGGACUUGGGAGGAGGAGGAGGGAAGGUGAUCCGCACGCUGAAGGGUCACCGUGCCGGGGGGGUUCGUUCCCUGGCGGUCAGCGGGGGAGCAGGAGGUGACGACAGGUGGGUGGCGACAGGCGGGGCGGACGGGGGGGUGAGGCUGUGGAAGGUGGAAGACGGUGUGGAGAAGAAGGAGGGUCUGGAAGAGAAACUAACAGACUUGAAGUUUGCUGAUCGUGGGCUUCCUAAAGUGGUUUGUGUAGCAGGUGGAGAGGAGGGAAGCAUGUGCUGGAGUCAGUUUUUGGUUUGUACAGACAGAGGAGCGGUUUGCCGGUACAGUGAUGGGAGUUGGGAGACGGUUUGGGAAGGCCCACCAGAGUUUCACUCGUACUGUGUGAUGGACACGACAACCGCCAGCGCAGUUACAUUGUGCGCUGUAGGGAACAUCAGCGGGUCCAUCCAGGUGUUCCCCACUUCUCACCCUCUGUCCGGUAUACGUCUAGCAGGCAGACCAGGGAAGAUCCACGGUGUUUUCUGGAAAAAGGCAACAGAUAAGUUGUAUUUACUUGCAUCCGGUGCUGAAGGACUAGUGUAUCGCUGGUGCGUCGACGUAAAAACGACAGAAAACGGUUCUUCAGUUCUCAGCACGGUGCCGCUUCCGGCUUUUCUCCUACCCCUCUGCUCCAAGCGCUGGCUCACAGCCGCCGUCUGCCUCCAGCGGCACUCCGACCAGGUCCUCUGGGUGUGCGGGGACAGGAGAGGGUCCCUGCUUUUGUUUCAGGAAGACGGAAACUUUGAGCUCAGCAGAACCGAUCGUGGGAAAGCGGGUAAAGGCUUACAGACAGACGAAGAAACCAGAAUGAUUGAGGAAGAAGAAGAGCCUACCUUGACACUGCAGCCUGUGAGCUGUUUGUUCGGGGUACACGGGAAACAUGGGGUGACCUCGGUCUGUGAGCACCAGGGAUUGUUCUACAGCACCGGGAAGGACGGCUGCGUGAGGAUCUUCAGGGUCAGUCCAGCCAAGCCCGAGACAAGUCACGGCGAGCUUCACCUGGAGGUGCUGAGAGUCCAGCGGGCCUGCAGGGGUAUGGAGUGGCUGGAAAGGGUUCUGAUUCUGGAGCCUGAAGACGUAGGAGCGGGACGUGAAAAUGUGAUCGGAGGGGAGCUGAGGGAGAGCAGGUUUGUCAUCGUCGGCUUCCACGCCGUCCACUUUGUGGUGUGGGACCCUGUGAGGCAGGAGAGGCUGAUGGCGGUGCCCUGCGGCGGGGGGCAUCGCUCCUGGAGUCUCUGGCCGUCGCACCCGGGUCUUUGGUCUGGACGUGGAGCUUUGGUGUUCAUCAAGCAGGGGGCCGUUCUCACUUCCCAGCCUCCCGGGGAGAUGCUCGGCUGUGUUGAUGAAGCAGGGAGAACCGGAGGAUGGAGCUUGAGGGAGGGCAUCCACGGGAGGGGGAUUUGGUGCGUUUGCAGGCUGGGAAGGAUAGAAGAGAUCGGGACACAAAGCGGAGACAGUAAAACGUUUUGGGAGAUAGUGGUGACUGGAGGGGAGGACACCAACCUGGCGGUCCUGGCUAUAAAUGCGGCAUCUGGGCUCGUCAAGGUUCUCUCAGUUAUUACCGACCACAUCUCAGGCGUGCGAGCGCUGACGGCCACGACGCAAGCGCAGGGAGAGGCUCUCUGCGCCCUGUUGCUGUCAGCCGGCGGCCGCGCUCAGAUUCAGUGUAACCGGCUGCUGGUCGUCUGGGACAGACACAGGCUGACUCCUUCCUGUCAGGUGAUCCAGGUGGCGAGCCACCGAUUGGACAUCCAGUGGGAGAGGAAGCGGAACCGACACAAAACCGUGAAAAUGGACCCAGAAUCAAGGUACGUGUCCAUAGAAGUUGUGGAGGAGAAGGCGGGCCGCCUCCUGGUGGCGCUGUCCUGCAGUGACGGGGCUCUCAGGUUGUUUUCUGUCAGUGAAGCUGAAAGUCUGAUCGACUUGUUGUGGGAGACGUUCUACCACCAGCGAUGUGUCCUCUGUGUCGCCACCUGCAGCCUGCAGGAUGACAAAGGCAACAGGUGCACACUGCUGUUCAGCGCCGCCACGGACGGAACAAUCGCCGUGUGGCAUUUGACUGAAAGUCUGCCCAUUUCGUCAAGUGGUGCUACAACCCCACCAAUCCCCUGCCUCGUCAUUCCCGCCCACCAGAGCGGCGUCAACUCAUUGGCUGUCUGGGUGGAGAAACCGGGACGACACGAGGACGGUUGCCUGGUAACUGUUGCGAGCGGAGGAGAUGAUGGGCAGCUGACAGUGUCCACAGUGAGGGUGCAGUACCCAGAAGACGGGAAGGUCGGGGGUGAUGGGGGAUUUCCUCCGACAUGUUACAGUCACACCUUAAUGGAAGCACACGAUCAGUCCCCCAACCGGGUUCAUGUUCAUCUUCACUCCCAGUCCAGCAUCCCGCUGGCCCAUGCAGCCUCUCUCACAGCUCUGAAGCUCCUGAGCCCCGGCCUCCUGGUGUCUACUUCCUCUGAUCAGAGGGUUUGUCUGUGGAGGGUUAGCGGUACCAGCAUCAGCCACAGUGGGGCGCUGUGCUCCCACGUUGCAGAUGCUGCAGGGCUUGCAGUGUGGGAGGAGGAGGAAGAGGAAGAAAAGAUGGGUUUUGACACUGAGCGGGUGAAUACAAUUUGGAAGGAAAAAGUUGACCCAGUUUGUCAGAGCAGUGAUGGGAAAGAGGAAGAAACGUCUGAUGAUCCAAGAAAUCCGGCGCCGGACGGCGACGGUAACACGGGUUCCCGUGAGUGUAGUAAGAAGAUAAGCAGCGUGGGGUGGGUGCUGGUCUGUGGCCAGGGCCUCCAGCUUCUACGACUCCAGAGUUCUGGGAUGGAUGAGGAGAUGUGGCAAAGCAGAGAAAAGGAAAUUGAAAGAGUUAAAGUGACUUUUCAGAAAUAGGAAGCAUCUGCAAUCAGAGCACCAAGUUAUCAUAUAAUUUAUUUUUUUAAACACUUAUGUUGACUUAUGAUCAACAUUAGUAUGUUUAUCUUAACUGCUGCUGCACACAUCAAAACAUUUUUAAAUAAAGAUCAUCUAUUUUCCAGA